AUGGUAUCGCAAUUGGUAACUUACCUCGGCCACGCCUUCCCGCUUUUGUCGUUUUGGCUCAUGGCCGUUUACGACGUAUUUUCUGUUCUUUCCUAUAUUCCCAAGUUUUUGCUGCAUUUUGUGUUAUACGUGAGUUUUUUUUUUAGGUGAAUAAAAAGUUUUGUUUCGUUUUCAGGCGCCAAUAUACGCAAUCAUUGGAUUGGGGGUGAGUUUUUUUUUAUCUUAAUCAUUUUUCGUCCAUGGUUAUUUUUUCAAAAACAUAGCAUUUUUCGGUAUAAAUUUCUUUAGUACUAUUUAUAAAUAAAUAUACACAUAUCAAAUUUUCUUUUUGAAACCUCUAGCAACCAUACUUUUUACUUUUUGUUUAGAUUUACGCUCUUUUCUCCGUUGUUUAUGGCGUUUCCAAGUUCAACGAUUGCCCUGAAGCCAGAAAAGAACUCGUCGAAGAAAUUAAAGAGGCGAGAACGGACCUGAAGAAACGGAAAGUUAUCGAUUAA